GUCACCUCGAGCCCCGCCUUCCCCCUGUACCCUCAAGAAGAAGAUGAGUAACCCGCAUCCAGGACUGCUAAAUCAUGGCAACAUUUAUGGAACGAUUGGCUUUUCUUCAGAAAGUGCCAACUCUGAUGAAGGCUACAGCAGAUGAUGAAAACCCCUGUCCCGGCUACCUUUUCCAAGAGAUUGGAAAAAUCUCCCAUGAGUCUUCAGGUUGUGGUCAGUGUUUGUUGGAGUACCUUUUGGAGAGGUUGCAAGUCGAGUCCUGUCAUGUCAAGCUUAAGGUGCUGAAGAUCUUUGUCCAUCUCUGCGGACAUGGUUCAAACCAAUUCCUCACGGAACUUAGAAGGAACUCUACCUUCAUCCAGCAGGCAUCAGUUUACAGUGGCCCACCUGAUCCCAAUCAUGGCACAGCAUUAUACCAGAAAGUGAGGAAUGCAGCACAGGAAGUGGCCAGGUUGCUUUUCACAGAUACAAUUUCCACCAGAAGCGGCAUCUCCCUGCUAAACCUGGCCCCAACAGUGGGUAUGGGCUCAGCAACUUCCCACAAGUCAGGCAUGCAGGGCUUUGGAUACAGUCCAGGCAAGCAGGGGACAGGUGAGCGAUCAGGCAGUGAGUCACUAUUGGAUAAGAUCCAGAAAGCUGCAGAGGUAGUAGCCAGUGCUGUCCUUCCGCCAACUGAGCACCAGGGCAUCCGUCUCCAUGACAACCAUUACAGGGCCGUAGUUGCGCCGUCUACACCCAUAGAGGUGGCCGUGCCAGCGUGCGCCUAUAACCUGCCUGCUCGCAGACCAAAAGCAGUGACCCAGCGGUGCCCGGGGCAGGUAGGAGGCGGCUGGGAAGAGACAGACAGCGGCAACAGCUCCUCUCACAAUUCCUCUCAGGACAUCGCAGCCAACAGCAGGGCCUCUGCGGGCAGCAAGUCAGCCGGUACAGGGAGCCAAUCGGGUGCAAGUAGAGAGAGCAGUGGGGACCUAUCAGAACGGGUUGAGGCUUUGCAGUUGGGGGACUGUGGCCAGGAGAUGGCGCUCAUCGGCAGACUGACUGAAGGCUCCAGAGUUUUCCUGUCCAGAGAAGAGAGCCAGCACUUCAUCAAAGAGUGCUCCAUUCUUAACUGUGAGGUUGUGGUGGAGUUGCUGUCAAGCAGGCUUCAAGAUCCCUCAAACACUGUUAAGAUGCGGGGACUGUGCGCUGUCGCAUGCCUCAUGACCUCUGACCUCCUUUCCCUGGAACAAAUGUUUGGAGCUACACAGAGAAGGCUCAGCCAGCUGAGUGAGGGGCCCCCAGGACCUGUGGCAAACAAAGCCACCAAGAUCUUGCGACAGUUUGAGGCUCUGAUGGGUGGACCUUUGAAUGCUCCCAGGCAGGAUACAGCGAAUAGUAGCCACCAGGCAAAAACUAAUCAGCCUCCCACAACUACAUACUCAGACCCUUUACUACCAACUCACUCUGCUGACAGCACCAACCUCAACCAUUAUCAGCCUGACAUCUUACCCACAGGGGUCAUCCAACCACAAAAUCACCCAUUUGCCCCUUCUAGCCUGGCCUCGGUCGAGAGAGACUCCUCCUCAGGGGAGCUGCUGAACAACAGUGAUGAGGCGAAACUUGCUCCCGUUCAGCCAGAGCCAGUCAGGACUGCUAAGGUUACACUGGCUGCUGAAGACCCAGAGCCUAUCAGAAACAGGAGUUCCCCUCCGCCCUCUGAGCCCCAGGGUGAGCAGCCUUGUCUGAGCAGAUAUUCUCUGUUCAGCGGAAUGGAGCUGGUGACCAAGGGGAGACCGCUGUGUGACACGGAAAGAAGAACAUCCCAGACAAAGACAGACACAAUGGACGACGACUUAGAGGACAAUCCGGUGCAUUCACCUCUCCCUGGCACCAGUAAAACCAGUGAGAAUUCUCCUUCAUUUUGCAAUUCAGUUGCAUCUGAAAGCAGCCAACCAGUAUCAGCCUUCUCAUUUCUCAAAUUUUGACCAACUUUUUACAGAUGGAACUGUUCCACUUAAACCAGUGAUGUCAUCACAUAUAUCCUUUUAGAAAAUCUAUUUAAUUUUAUAAACCAAGAUCAGACCUGUAAGGUUAUACUGUGUAGAAAGCAGAUUCACAUUAUGUUUGGGUUGUCUGUUCGCAUCUGUGUGGUGCCUCCGUGGAAGGUGUACUUAAAGAAGCAGAUUGGCUCCAGAGACAGAAAUUCGGGACUCAUAACUGUAGUCCCUGAGGCUGAGCUUGAAUUUCUCAAAAGCAUUUCACAAGUAUGGUUGUCUUGAAUUACAGGUUAUAACUGAUGGUUGAUUUAUCUCAGGAUUUCUUUUAGGUAACAACUCGUACACCUCUGCAGCACGCCCUGAACCUCUGAGGGAGAAGCCCUUGAUUUGUAAUUUGCACUACAGUUGCUUUUCUUAUGAACUCAUAAAACUACAAAGGAGAGUUGUCUUCCAUAUUUUUUGGUACUAAGCUAUAAUAUCAAUGUAAAUGUUAUGAGUGUUAGUUUACAAAUUAUUUAUUAUGUCUACCCUGUAUUGAUUCAAAUAUACCAAUGAGAAUGGUUGUAGAGUGCAUGUCUAUGUUUCAAAAACUAACGUGUGGAGGACUAAUGGGGGAAAUAAUUAUUGAGCUAGUCUGUGUCCAUAACCAAUGUGUGGAAUAGCGUUUGAUGACACCUGCAAUCAGCAUAAUGCAAAAUAUCUGCAACUUCAUAAACAGUCGCUCAUGUCACCAAAUAAAUAGCAGACUACCGUCACUAUAUCGCCAUUGUUACUUCAGUUACAUACUGCACUGUGGUGUUGAGUACUGUGGAAUGUAGUACAAACUACAUGCCCAAAUGGUAAUCCAACCUACCAGUACAUACAACGAAUGCUACUGUUUUGUUUCGCUGAAUGCAAGCCAUGCCGUUGCACAUGCUUAAGAAUAAAACAUGCUGUAUUUUUGCUGCAGCACUAAC